CAUGUUUGUCCUGGUGGAAAUGACUGACACUGUCAGGAUUCCGCCCUGGCAGUUCGAGAGGAAACUCAACGAGUCCAUUGCCGAAGAGCUAAACAAAAAGUUGGCCAACAAGGUUGUGUACAACGUCGGCCUCUGUAUCUGCCUGUAUGAUAUUACAAAGCUGGAGGAUUCAUACAUAUUCCCUGGAGAUGGUGCUUCACAUACCAAAGUGCAUUUCCGCUAUGUGGUCUUCCAUCCCUUCCUGGAUGAAAUUCUGAUUGGAGAAAUUAAAAGCUGCAGUCAGGAUGGCGUUCACGUUUCUCUUGGAUUCUUUGAUGAUAUUGUUAUCCCUCCAGAAUCCCUGCAGCAGCCGGCUAAAUUCGAUGAAGCAGAGCAGGUGUGGGUGUGGGAGUAUGAAACAGAAGAGGGGGCUCACGACCUGUACAUGGACAUUGGGGAGGAGAUCCGCUUCCGCGUCAUGGAUGAAACGUUUGUUGAUACGUCCCCUACGGGGCCGAGCUCAGCAGAGGCUUCCACUUCAAAUGCUACAGAAGAAGUCCAGAAGAAAGAGGCACCGUACACCCUUGUGGGAUCAAUCAGUGAACCUGGCUUGGGCCUCUUGUCAUGGUGGACAAACAGUUAGCUUCAAACGGAACGCGCUCUGCAGAAGGUCCUUUUGGUGGAUGCUUUGGGGGAUUAAGGUAUCCUGCUGGUGCUCAUGGCUUCAAUGAAGCUGAACGAGAAAUUAGACCUGCCACUUUCUGUUUCCCCUUCAGCUUCUAACCUGCCAGAUCCAAGGCAGUCACUUCCAAGAAAUGUCUUUACUGAGAUAUAGAAGUCAAAUUACAGGC